AUGGCGCUGCUCAGCAGCUCUAUUGAGAUUUGCAAGCACAGGUGUGGCAGCUUUGUGACCAUGCGGCUCUGCGUCAUCGUUGUACUGACUGCAUACGCCGCCACAUAG